AUGGCCGAACAGAAAGAUAGAUGGUCUGCCAACGCUUAUCAGCACUCAGCUUCUUUUGUCCCUAAACUGGCAACAAAAGUUGUUCAAUGGCUUGAUUUACACAAAGAUGAUGUUCUUCUUGAUAUCGGCUGUGGAGAUGGCAUCUUGAAUGCCGAAUUCGCAAAGAUAUUGGCGCAGGGAAGCGGCUCAAUGCAUGGCGUUGAUAGCUCAGCUUCUAUGAUUGAAGCUGCUCGAGAGUUGUGCAAGGAUUCCCAGAACUCUACCUUUGAUGUCUUGGAUGCUACACAGCUCGUCUCCAAGCCAGAACUACAAAAAGGAGCUUUCACCAAGGUUUUCUCCAAUGCAGCUAUGCACUGGAUUCUCCGCCCAGAAGAUACUCGUGCUCAGUUCUUCAAGGGUGUUUACGCUUCACUGGCCCCAGGGGGUUCAUUCGUCUUCGAGAUGGGCGGUUUCGGCAACGUUUCUGAAAUGCGAACUGCUGCUCUCAGUGCUGUAGGUCGCCGCAUUGGUAUGAAAGCAGCCGUCGCAGCAGACCCAUGGUUCUUCCCUGAUGAAGCUUGGGCCACAAAGGCGCUGCAAGACGCAGGCUUCGUUGUUGAACGGGCAGAGCGGGAGUGGCGGCCAACACCAGCUGACAAAGGCGGUGUUGAGGGCUGGAUCAGGCUCAUGGCAAGUCAGUUCUUAGAUGCUGUCUCGGAUGAAAAGGAGAGAGAAGAAGCUGUGCAGGAAUGCGUGGGGGUGCUGAGGGAGGUUUGUCGUAAUCCCUCUGGUGGGGAGACGAUAUCUUAUGUGAGGCUCAGAGGCGCGACUUGCGUCAGCCUUACCCUACAAAGGCACGACAUCGUCAUGCCCGAACACGAUGCGCUCGUGUUGUCGUAUAGCCAUUUGGCCAAGCUUCCCAGAGCAAGCGAUGCACUGCAGACCCUGAAGAAAGUAGCUUCCCUAGUGAAGCCUAUAAUGCGAGCGCGCAACUGGAAAGUCCGAGAGUUGGCCGAGUUCUAUCCUGAGCAACAUAAUCUUCUGGGUCUCAACAUCAAUCGAGGAGCCAAGAUAUGUCUUCGUUUGCGACAUGCUGGAGAUAAGAACCAGUUUAUGCCCAUCGAAAGUGUUGUUGAUACAAUGCUACACGAGUUGUCACACAUAGUCCAUGGCCCUCACGAUGUCAAGUUCCAUGCCCUUUGGGAUCAACUCAGAGACGAACACGAGGGCCUGGUUCUUAAAGGCUACACCGGAGAAGGCUUCCUUUCAGAGGGUCGACGUCUAGGAGGCUCAAGGAUACCACCUCUUGAAGCUCGUCGGGUGGCACGAGAGGCUACAGAGAAGCGACGAGCUCGUCCUGGUACCGGAUCUGGCAAACGUCUAGGGGGCUCUGCUCCUCGGCCAGGUGAAGAUAUUCGGAGAGUAAUUGCGGAUGCUGCCGAGCGGCGGAGCAGGAUUCUCAAGGGUUGUGGCACAGAUAACCUCAGCGAAACUCAAAUUCGUAACAUUUCAGACAAUGCCACAAAGAAUGGUUUUCGAACACAGGCCGAAGAAGACGAGGCUAACGAUGCAGCCAUAGCUCAAGCCCUGUGGGAACUUGUGCAGGAAGACAAAUCGGUUGAAUACGGCAACUCUUAUAUUCCUCCUACGGCGGACAAUCCAACUGGAAAUGGAGGCGGAUCAGUAAUCCCGCAUAAGGAACCUAGUGGUAGUUCGGAGAGGUCCAGAGAGCCUCCAGGCUGGACAUGCAGCACUUGUACUCUACACAAUCCUGCCAACUACCUCUGUUGUGACGCUUGUGGGAUGGAGCGAUCCGAGAUGAGUCCAAGGACACAACAGGUUAAAGACAACCGCCGAUCCAGAUCGCCAGUAUCCCAACCUGCUGUUAUUGACUUGACGACUUCAAGUCCGCCGCGAGAUCGGCAGAAGUCUGCUACGACAUCGCGGAAUUCAUGGCCAAGAGUCACAAGUCAAGAAGCUGCGUCGUCGGGACCGCAGAUAUGGGAAUGCAGUUUUUGUGGGACAGUGAUGGAAAAGAAGUGGUGGACUUGUUCGACAUGUGGAAAAAUCAAGGACAAUUCACGAUAG